AAUGGGUAGAUACUUAUGAAAGAAAAACUCAACAACUGAGGUGUCGAUUUUCUCAUAUUGGUAUGCAUGUGCAGUUACUCGUUCCUUCGCACACGCUCACACUGCGUAAUCACGCACGCUACAUGUUUGACGGAUCUCCUCUACUCUCCUCUCCUCUCACCGCAACGUAACCGCACCGAAACAAACCGAAAUCGAUUCCCAAGCACCCCUCACCGGCAACGAUUGAAGAACCAAAAAUGUUGAGACGCGCAACCGCUACUCUCAAAUCCACUCUUUCUCUUCACAUCACGAAGGAAGGUUCUAAACACAACGUUUAUCAUUUCCAUAGAUUUACCUCAGGAUCGCCUUUGCAUUUUCAGGAAAAGGAGACGGUUUGUCCCAGACAUGUAGAUACGGUUAUAGCUUUUGUUUUAGGGGGGCCUGGUAGUGGAAAAGGUACACAAUGUGAAAAAAUUGUUGAAACCUUCGGAUUUAAGCAUUUGAGUGCUGGUGAUCUUUUGAGGAAGGAGAUGGUUUCUGAUAGUGAGUAUGGCUCUAUGAUUUUGGAUACAAUUAGAGAAGGAAAAAUUGUUCCAUCAGCAGUGACUGUAAAAUUGAUUCUAAGAGAGCUCGCAUCUGGUGACAAUCAUAAGUUUCUUAUUGAUGGUUUCCCGAGAAGUGAGGAAAACCGCAUGGCUUUUGAAAGAAUUACUGGCUCAGAACCAAAUUUUGUUCUUUUCUUUGACUGCCCUGAAAAAGAGAUGGUGAAACGGGUGCUGAGCCGUAAUCAGGGUCGAAUUGAUGACAAUAUAGAGACAAUGAAGAAACGACUUAAAAUAUUUGAAGCAUUAAAUCUUCCCGUGGUUGAUUACUAUGCAAAGAAAGGGAAACUUCAUAAGAUCAAUGCAGUGGGAACAGAGGAUGAAGUAUUUGAGCAAGUUCGGCGAGUUUUUGAGCAAGUGAGCACGGUUACUUGAAAGCUGUGUGAUUGGGUUGCGAGAGCAUUCUGACAUUUGACAUUUGGCGAAGUUUGAAUUUUACGGGGACUCUAUAUUUCUUAGUUAACUACAAAAUCCAUUGCUCUGGAAUUGGGCAGGUCUCCAAAACUCAAAGUGACUGGUUGGAUUGAUUCGAGGUUCAAGUUUUUUAACGCUGUCGAAUCUUAUCCCUUGACAGGAAUAAUAGUAGGUGAAUGUAAAUGUUUGAUACUGUUGAGUAAUACCAACAGUGUGUUGGUUCAAGAGAAAGGAUUUGGAUUCUUCUGAAUUUGUAACUUCGAAUUUAAUUUUUAUUUGUGUUAGAAAUAAUAUUAGGAGGGAUUUUGACAAGAGUUGGAUGCUUACCUGUAAGAAAGGGCCCUAGAUUUGGUUCUUAGACAUUAUAAAAUAACUUAAAUACUCAUUUUAGUUAGUUAAGAGA